CGGGGCGGGGCCGGGGGAGGGCUGUCCCGGCUGCACCGCCCCGGCUGCGCUCGGCCUGGGCCCGGCGCGGUGCCGCUGGCGGCGGGGAGCGCCAUGGCGCUGGUGUCGGCGCUGAAGCAGAUGUCGUGGCUGUACUACCAGUACCUGCUGGUCACCGCGCUCUACAUGCUGGAGCCCUGGGAACGCACCGUUUUCAAUUCCAUGCUAGUUUCCAUUGUUGGAAUGGCACUCUACACAGGCUAUGUGUUCAUGCCUCAGCACAUCAUGGCAAUAUUGCACUACUUCGAAAUUGUGCAGUGAUGAAGAACCUAUCUUCAAGAAGUAACUGGGCUUUGAAAUCUGUUCUACAAAGAAGAAUGAACCUCUUAGUUUUAACAAGAUUUCUACCAAUGUCCAAAAGACACGCUUAUGACUCUGAAGACUAGGAAAUGAGAUAUGUAGAGCAGGGACAUGAGAUGUGAGAUGUCCCCUAUGUUGUGUUCAUUCCUUUUAAUUUUACAAGAUAUGCUAGUUUUGUCUACUUUAACAUUGUGAUUGUACUUUGAUAUCAGUAUUUUCUUAACUUUGUGACAGUUUCGAUAUUGCACUGUGAAUGCUUUUCUUAAUUGUAAUUUUGAGUAAAUCUUAAUUGCCUUCUAUUUUUAAUCUGAAAGUCAUCUUAUUAAAUGGGGCUUAAAGCUUUUGCUAUUGUAUGGUAUGUAUUUGCUUGGAGAUUUCUAUUAAUGCGUUUUGUAAGAAAAUACAUCUAGAUUCAUAUUAGAGACAUGGAUAUAUUCGUCUAACGCUAUUUACAGAAGUUAGUUUGUAUGACCGAACUCAGGUGUACUGUUUGCUGUCCAAACUUUGUUCAACAGUAUAUUUGUGCAUAUCACCUAAAUUUGGAAUUGGCCAUUAUUUCAAUCUUCUGUAUUCUACCUGUUGGAGAAGGCUGGGGGAGAUGAGGCACUGAAGCGGAGUGAAGACUGCAUUUGUUAUGUUUCAAGUAGUGUCGUAGUUCUCGGCUUUAUCUAGUGGGGGAAAAUGGACUUUACUGGCAUAGGCCCACAUAAGGCUUUGGGUUAGCAUUUUAAAUCAACCCUGUUUUUCUAGCUGCCAAUUCAAUUGUAAUUUUACAGGAUACUUUAUUAUGUUCCAAUGAUUAUGGUUUCUGCUAAUUUUCACUCAACAGUGUAACUGUGUCUAGGUUUUAAAGGGGUUUUCUAUUGCUGCUAGUAUUCCAAACAUGUUUUCGCUACAAACGACCAAAACACAAGGGUUUCAAUGGACUUGAGUUACAACUACAGCAAUAAGUAGCUGAAUACUUGGCUGAAGUCCUGUCUUUUUUUUUAAUAGGGAUUUUUUUCAGUUUUGUAUUCUGAAAUGUAAGAUGGUGACAACUUUCUUAAGUGGACAAUUUUUUUGUUGUUGUUGUUUAAAAAAUAAAGGUUUAAAAGCAGAA